AGGGCGCCGCGGCGCUGGCCGCGGUGGCCGAGGCCGUGGCCGCGGGCGAGACGCCCUCGCCCGCCGUGCUCGCCGGGCUGGUCGCCGUGGCGGCGGAGGCCUCGGGCACCGCCGCCGGCGCGAAGUCUUUCCACGCCCCCGCGUACGUCCCGUCGGGCCCGCCGAAGCCGCGGGUGCUCGUGAUCGGGGACGAGAACCUCAAGUUCGCGGCGGGGCUGCAGAAGGCCUACCCGGACACCGACUUCACGGCCGUAACGGUGCUGUCGCGGCACAACCUGGAGUCGUACGGCUUCGACCCCCUGCCGCAGGCGCUGUUCGGCAGAGUGCAGCACUCGGUGGACCCCAGUCGGGUCUCGAGGUACGUCCCGCCCCAUCACUUCGAUGGCGUCCUGCUCUUCCUGCCCGGCCUCGGCUUCGCUGUGCCCAGGGAGCUGGGGUCGUCGGACCUGUCGCUCUUCGCGUGGCGGACGCACGUGUUCGUCUUCUCGCUGCUCCGGAGCCUCAAGCAGAGCAUCCGGGCGGACGGCGGGCGCCUGCACCUCGUGUGGCCGGACGAGGUGAGCCUCAUGAGCUCGCCCUGUGGCGCGGCGGGCAUCGAGCUGUUCCGGCUCCUGGCGCUCUGCGGCUGCCGGCCGGCGGGCGCGGAGUUCGAGGUCAGCAGGCUGGAGGAGGGCUCGUUCAGCCCCUUCCUGCUGGGGGACGUGCCCACCGAGGUGCCCGAGUGGUUGGGCGGCGUCCAGGUCAGUUCCUUCACCUUCGGCAAGGGGGCCAUCUCCAUCCCGGAGGCUGCCGGCACGUGCACGGCCACCAGCCCCAGCCCUUGGCCCAUAAUCAUCAGGGGCAACGUACCCUGAGAUCCUGUUUUUUUUUCCCAUCCAUCCUGUGGUGUUGGGUCUUCGUUUUGAAGAGACAGCGCCCCGCGUCUCCCACCCGCUGCCCUCCUCCCUUCUCGC